CUCGCUCGAGCUCGGCUCAUUGUCAGCCCUCCCUGGCUCCCUCCCCCUCAGGGCUCAGGGCCUCAGGCUCGUCUCUGUUUCUUUCUCCCUUCCCCUUCUCCGACUCUCUCAGUCUCAUCCCUUGGCUUUCCUUCACUGGCGGCGAACGACUGGGCGAGCGGCGGCGCCAUUCAUCACGUCUUCUCCCAGCCCUUUGCCGGCGACGAGAAUCCACCAGGAACGGGGAAAAUUAUUCAGGAGAUCCAGUAAGGAAAAUGAACAAGGGAAAGAUUUUCAAGUUGGCUAAGGGAUUUAGAGGAAGGGCAAAGAAUUGCAUAAGGAUAGCAAGGGAGAGGGUUGAGAAAGCCUUGCAAUAUUCCUACAGGGACAGGCGUAACAAGAAGAGGGAUAUGCGAUCCCUUUGGAUCGAGCGCAUCAAUGCUGGCACACGAUUGCACGGGGUGAAUUAUGGCAACUUUAUGCAUGGAUUGAUGAAGGAGAACAUCCAACUCAACAGGAAGGUGCUCUCAGAGCUGUCAAUGCAUGAACCUUACAGCUUCAAGGCGCUUGUUGAUGUAUCCCGCACGGCAUUUCCAGGGAACAGACCUGUCAAAAAGGAGGGUCUAGCAGCUAUCCUAUGAAUCAACAUUUCCAAUAAGUCCUAGUAAAAAAAAGCAUUCCCAAAGUCACUGAACUCAUGACGGUUGUUCCUUCCUUGCAGUUGAGAGUUACUACUUCCAAAUUUGCUAGCUACUUAGCUUGUAUACCCAGCAACCUCAUGUAAUUUUGCGUUACAAGUAUUUAUGCUCCCUUUGGUACUCGCUUUGAUAGACAGGACUGAAACAGCGGCAGCUUGGGCUGCACAUUAUUGUUAUUUGUUGCCCCCUGUCUGUUGGCUUGAUCGAGAUAAUCCUCUAUGUACUGUUGAUAAAUUCUGCAAUCUAAUUGGUUCUGUGACAAAAUAAAACAGAUUUGAUCC